AUGGCACAGGACACCAAAGCCCUCGACGCCGCGAUCCUCGCGUACCUCGCCGCCCGCGGCCUCACCCGCUCCACCAAGGCGUUCGAGAAGGAGACGGCCGCCUCGGCCGGCGGCGACAAGGAUGCCCUAGAGACCGCUUGGGCGGCCGUCAGCAAGGCGACUGCUGCGGCUGUGACCGCUGCUGCGGCCAUUGAUGUCGAGAUGGCCUCUGACUCGGACUCGGACUCGGACUCGGACGACAGCGGUAGCGAAAGCGACAGCGAGAGCUCGGACUCGGACUCUGACUCGGACAGUGACUCGGACGACGAGACGAGCAGCGAGGGCACCGUGGAGGCCGUGGUUGCUAUGGCUGCCUCGAUCCGUGAGAGCGCCAUCGCUGCCGCCGUCGCUGCCGCCGCUGCGGUCCCUCUGCCCGAGUCUGGCUCGUCCAGCUCAGGCUCGAGCUCGAGCUCGAGCUCGUCUGACUCUGGCUCUGACUCGGACUCAGACUCGGACUCGGGUUCGUCGUCGUCGAGCUCUUCCAGCUCGGACGACGAGGAUGACAAGCCCGCCGUCAAGGUCAUCGAGGUCGUGGUCAAGCCCGAGUCGUCUAGCGGCAGCUCGACCCUCAAGGAGGGCAAGAGCAGCUCUUCCGACAGUGACAGCGACAGUGGCGACGAGAGCGACUCUUCAUCGUCUUCUUCGUCGUCUUCGAGCUCGUCCUCGUCCUCGUCCUCGUCGUCUUCCUCAUCGAGCUCCUCGUCGUCUUCUUCCUCGUCGUCUUCCUCGAGCUCUUCGUCCAGCUCUUCGUCCAGCUCGUCGUCCAGCUCUUCAUCCAGCUCGUCGUCGAGCUCGUCUGGGUCGAGCUCAUCCUCGUCGUCUUCUUCCGAGUCGGAGGCCGAGCCCGAGACCAAGCCUGGCCUGGGCGCCAAGCGCCGCCGUUCGCCCUCCUCCUCCCCCGCCUCCUCGGACGACAACAAGAAGCGCAAGGUCGACACCCCCUCCACGAACGCUCCCACCUCAUCGGACUCUUCUAGGGCCGUGGUUGCCCCAGCGGACGAGUGGACGCCGUCGAACUCGUUCCCUCCUUCGGGCACGUCGACCCCCAACGGACCCAAGGGCAAGGGGCGGCCGCAGAACGCGCGCUUCGAGCGCAUCAAGUCGAACAACGUCAGCUUCCAUGACCAGCGGCUGAUGGACAACUCGUUUGACGCGCACAUCCGUAACGGCGCCUCGAACAAUGACUUUGGAGCGCGCGCGUCCCGCGACCUCAUCGUUACUCGUGGGGCCGGGUUCCGGAAGGAGAAGAACAAGAAGAAGCGCGGGAGCUACGCCGGCGGAGAGAUUACGCUCGCCACAAACUCGAUCAAGUUUGACGACUAA